AUGGAACUGAAACCGUUACUAAGGCAGGUGGGCUUGAUAGUCCGUGCCAUCCUGACAUUCCUCUUUGCCCUGGUGGUGCUGGGGGUGAUGGUGUGGGCCUAUGUCCAGGGCUUCCAGCUGGCCACCUCCCCAUAUGGCAUCAUCUCCUUCGGCUUCUACGGCCUCCUGCUGGGGCUCCAUGUCCUGGUCCAGAGCCUGUUUGCCUUCGUGGAGCACCGCCGCAUGAGGGCCCGGAGCAAGGCCUGCACCUUCACCAAGACCAUUGGCUUCACUAUCUCAGCCUACCAGGAGGACCCAGAAUACCUGCGCGAGUGCCUCAACUCCAUUCGGGCCCUCAAGUACCCUCCAGAGCUGCUGCGGGUCAUAAUGGUGGUGGAUGGGAACUCGGAGGACGACAUCUACAUGCUGGAGAUGUUCAGGGAGGUGUUUGCAGACCAGGACCCUGGCUGUUACGUGUGGAGGAAUAACUACCACACAUGGGACCCCACCCAGACCCAGAAGGCGGGAAUCCUCGAGGUGAUAGGCCCCGCUGGGGACGCUAGUUAUGGGCUGGGAGAGGACCCCCAGAGGAGGGAGGUGGAGGAUCUGAUCAACAGCAGGAGGUGUGUGUGCAUCAUGCAGAAGUGGGGUGGAAAGAGGGAGGUGAUGUACACAGCGUUCAAGGCACUGGGACAGUCGGUGGACUACAUACAGGUGUGUGACUCUGACACCAAGCUAGACCCCCUGGCUACGGUGGAGCUGUGUAAGGUUCUGGAGAGCAACCAGAAGUACGGGGCGGUGGGAGGAGACGUGAUGAUCCUCAACCUCAAGGAAUCCUACAUCAGCUUCAUGAGCAGCCUGCGCUACUGGAUGGCGUUUAACAUCGAGAGGUCCUGCCAGUCCUUCUUCAACUGUGUCUCCUGCAUCAGCGGCCCCCUGGGUCUGUACAGGAAUGACCUCCUCCAGCAGUUCUUAGAGUCCUGGUACAACCAGAAAUUUCUGGGGACUCACUGUACAUUUGGGGAUGACAGACAUCUCACUAACCGCAUGCUCAGCAUGGGCUAUGCCACCAAAUACACGGCCCGCUCCAAGUGUUACACGGAGACGCCAGGCCAGUUCCUCCGGUGGCUCAACCAGCAGACGCGCUGGACCAAAUCUUACUUCCGCGAGUGGCUCUACAACGCCAUGUGGUGGCACAAGCACCACCUGUGGAUGACCUACGAGUCCAUCGUCUCUGGUGUCUUCCCCUUCUUCGUCACGGCCACCAUCAUCCAGCUGUUCUGGACAGGCACCCUGUGGGACAUCCUCUGGGUCCUCUGCUGCAUCCAGCUCAUCGGCCUGAUAAAAGCAGCCUAUGCCUGCAUCCUGCGCCGUGACCUGGUCAUGGUGUUCAUGUCUCUCUACUCUGCCCUCUACAUGACCAGCCUGCUGCCCGCCAAGUACUUUGCCAUCAUCACCAUGAACAAGAGCAGCUGGGGCACGUCAGGCCGCCGCAAGAUGGUUGGGAACUACAUCCCCCUGCUGCCUCUGUCGGUGUGGGCGGCCAUCUUGCUGGGCGGGUCCUGCUACACCAUCUACAAGGAGAGCCAGAAGGGCUGGUUCACGCCGGCUAAGGUCCUAGAGACCAGGUUUCUGAUCUACGGCUGUGUGGCGUACGUCUGCUACUGGUUCCUCAUGAUCUUCCUCUACUGGGUGUGGUUCCGCAGGCUGUGUAGGAAACGCUCCCAAAGUUAUGACGUAAGCGUAUAGGGAUAGUUUUCUAUACAAGGGGAAAAAACAGGAUAUUUAGUAUUUAUUUAGUAUUUUGUACAUCAAAGAUUUUUAAUUUAUUUAUUUCAUCUUGCAGUACAGUAGCUGUUUGUGAACAUAUAAACUUUAAACAGCUGCUAAAUCAACUGAACCAGAGAAUAUGUAAAUGUAUAUAAUGUACUGUACAGUAUAUGAGAACAAUUACCUAGACCCUGGGAAGCUUUAUCCAGAAUAGUGUCAAAGAUGAGAAUAUAUUGUUGAUAACUACAGUUUGCCGUGCUACUGAAGAUGGAGAAAGGAGUUGUUAGUUGUUA